AUUAAAAAAAAGUUAAUCUAUUUUUUCUUUUCCUGCUGCAAAUUAGUGGGGAAUUAAAAGGAGAUGGGAUGAAACAGUAUAGAAGACUAGGAGUUCAUUAUAGGAUCUUAAACUUGUGUUCCCUGCAUAGAAAGGAAAAAGUGUGGUGGUUUCAAGGUUAGUCAUGUGCCAGUUAGAUGUGGUGGCUGGAGAAAUUAGUUGUAUUGUUGGAGAACAGGCCACCAUGGAAAACAAAACUUAUAUUAGCAGUUCCUUCCAGUGUCUGGCAAGAUCAUUAGGUUCAAGUUAUGUUGGAGUGAAAGGGCUGCUUUCAGCUGGCAGCAUGAACUUUGAUUAUUUCAGGUCUCAUUAAUGCUGUUGCCUAGGGAAGAGGCAGAACUUGGAAACCCUGCUUUGGAGAGGAUGAUUUCUCUCCAGAGUUUAUUUUUGAAUGGAAGUGUGCUCCUUCCCAGUAGAAGAUGGUGAUCCCAAUGUGUGACCAUGGAGAAGGGGAUAAGUUCAGUAGAAGUGUUACCUUCCAAAUCAUCUCAGGUUACAGCUGUAAAAGUGGUGGUCAAAGAGCCCGAAACAAAGCAAGCCCAAAGAGGGAAACGAGUGGGAUUUGUGCUUGUCCAUGCAGGUGCAGGUUAUCAUUCUGAAUCCAAAGCUAAAGAGUACAAGCAUGUGUGCAAAAGAGCCUGCCAGAAGGCAAUUGAAAAGCUACAGGCUGGUGCUCUUGCAACAGAUGCAGUGACUGCAGCACUUAUAGAAUUAGAGGAUUCUCCUUUUACAAAUGCAGGAUUGGGAUCUAACUUAAACCUUCUGGGUGAGAUAGAAUGUGAUGCCAGUAUAAUGGAUGGAAAGUCAUUGAAUUUUGGAGCUGUUGGAGCACUGAGUGGAAUCAAGAAUCCAGUUUCGGUUGCAAAUAGAUUGUUGUGUGAAGGGCAGAAGGGGAAACUCUCUGCUGGCAGAAUUCCACCUUGCUUUUUAGUUGGUGAAGGAGCUUACAGAUGGGCAGUUGAUCACGGGAUACCAGCAUGUCCUCCAGGUAUCAUGGCUACAAGGUUUAGUUUAGCAGCUUUUAAGAGGAACAAGAGGAAGCUGGAGUUGGCCGAAAAGGUGGAAACAGAUCUCAUUCAACUAAAGAAAAGAAGACAAUCAAAUGAAAAGGAGAAUGACUCAGGAACCUUGGAUACAGUUGGUGCAGUUGUUGUUGACCAAGAAGGAAAUGUGGCUGCUGCUGUCUCCAGUGGAGGUUUAGCACUGAAGCAUCCUGGAAGAGUUGGUCAGGCAGCUCUUUAUGGUUGUGGCUGCUGGGCUGAAAAUACAGGAGCUCAUAACCCUUAUUCCACUGCUGUGAGUACUUCAGGUUGUGGAGAGCACCUUGUGAGGACCAUACUGGCCAGAGAAUGUUCAUGUGCUUUGCAAACAGAGGAUGCCCACCAAGCUCUCCUAGAGACUAUGCAAAACAAGUUUAUUGGUUCACCUUUCCUAGCCAAUGAGGAUGGUGUGCUCGGAGGUGUGAUCGUUCUCCGCUCCUGCCGGUGUUCAGCAGAGCCUGAAUCCUCACAGGAAAAGCCAACUUUACUAGUGGAAUUUCUGUGGAGCCAUACAACAGAGAGCAUGUGUGUUGGAUACAUGUCUGCACAGGAUGGCAAAGCUAAGACUCACAUUUCAAGACUUCCUCCUGGAGCUGUGGCAGGACAGUCCGUGGCAAUAGAAGGAGGGGUUUGCAGGCUGGAGAGUCCAGAAAGCAGCUGAUUCUUCACUUCAUUGCAGAGAAUGUGAAUGACUCUUUGUACAAUAAGGGGGUUUUUUAUGUUUUAACAGAUGUUGGAAAUUCUGCUUUUGUUUUAUACUCCGUAUUGCAACCAUGUGCACCACAACUUGAGACAAGUGCUGCUGUAGUUUAUGUUCUCACUCUGUGAAUGGGGGUUGUGUGCAUGUUCAUUUUGUCCCACGAAUAAAAUAGGAACACUCCCCAGUUGUGCAAAGAUCAUGUAUAAUUAAUGAUUGCAUUUUCAUUUUUCUGUGUUGAAAGAUAACCAAAAGUUAAGAAAAAAAUAAUUUAAAGUUAUGGUCACAAUUGUCAUUCAUAUUCUAAAUUUAAAAGUAACAGGCCUUUGAAGUGGCUUUAUAAUUAUGCAAAAAAUUAUUAUGGUUUUUAAGUUGCUUAGUGGUUUAAGGAAAUCCAGAGGUGAUUUAAACAUGAGUUGGCUUUUUCCUCUCCAGUAAGGAGGAUCCUUUUUUUGUUCAAAGAAUGGUUUCAGUGAAACAAACUAGAGCAAAAUUAAGGCUCAAAUUUUUUUUUAAUAGUCUUAUAGGUCAUAUCUGUGUUCCCAAACCAAGAUGUUAAUAGCUCCAAGCUGUAUGUAUUGCAAAAAGCUAUAUGAAGAUAAUGUAUCAUUCUGUAGUCUUUAUGUAUAAUGGAAUAUUACAGUGUAAAUAAGAAAACAAAGUUUAUGGAAAGAUUCAAUAUUAUUCUUCACUUCUGCUUUAAAUCUAUUUUUAAGAGAGGUACAGAAAUGAACAUAUUACUGGAUGGGAAGUGCAAUGUGUAUCAAGUGGCUGGUGGGAGGUCUGAUACUGAGCUUUGGUGUUGGUAAAGCAACUUCCUGGUGUCCAGCCGCAGCAUGGGUAUUUAUAACUGUGUGUAAUAUGUAUGUACUGUGCAGAAAUUUACUGUAACUCUUUUGAUACCUUGAACAAACCUGCAGUGUAAAACAGUGUACUCCUUGUCUGCCUCGUGAAGCAUUGGCAGCUGAACUGUCAUUUGUCACCAGUUUGGCUAUGUGAGCCAGGUUGCCCAAGUCCUAAAAGCGAGUUCUGACGUGAAACCUUCCACUCAGUCCUUUUUCCUUCACAGCACUGGCAGCAAUAGAAGACUUUUGUAAUUGAUUCAUUGUCCUGAUAAGUAUGCCAAAGAGAAACUAAAAUAGUUCAUCCUUUUCCCUGGUGGAUAUUUGAUAAUUCUGUUUUCAGAAAUAGUGGAUGAAUAGAUAUUCAGACUGUAUUUGCUUAAUCAGGCAUUGUACUUGCCUGUUUUGUAAUAUUGUGCCUGCCUAUAACAGACAUACUUGACUGAUGAAAUGGUUAUAUUGAUUGUAGUACCAAUCUUUCAUGGAAAAGAAUAAAAUUUUUUAAUGGCCUCA